GCUGCUUAAUUUUGACAAACUCUGGUUUUGUGAUUGAGCUUGUGAAUACAGCUUCCAUGGAGGAGCCUGUCAAGAUUUUUCAUGGCGUUUGGCCUUGUGGAGAUGAAGUGAUUCAUGGUUGCUUUUAUAAGCUUGGGAUUGGACGGCUCAAGGGAUUUGUGACGACGACUGCUACCUUCAUAUUCUUCUUCUUCCUCGUUGUAGUUGUUGCCUUGUUUUGGAUGGAUAUCCCUAUCAUACGGGGCGAUCCAUUUAGUUUUACUUCAAAAGUUCAUCACGAGAGGUUUCAAUUUCCUCUCACCUGCUCUACUUCAGUUAAUAUUUCAUCGGCGUUUAACCCCAAGGAUUCACCGACCAAAACUUGCCCGGACUACUUCCGGUGGAUCCACCAAGACUUAAAGCAAUUUAAAACUUCGGGAAUUACAAAAGACUUGAUCGAGAGUGGAACUCCGAGCGCAGAUUUCAGGCUCGUGAUCGUCGACGGAAACGCUUAUGUCGAUAGGUACAGACCGUCGUAUCAAACCAGAGAUUUGUUUACAAUAUGGGGCAUUUUGCAGCUUCUAAAGCUGUACCCUGGAAAAGUAAAAAGAAAUGCAGACACCUUAAGUUUGCAGUUGAUUGGGGAAACAAUCACACUCACGAGGCACAGGCCAUAGGGAAAGCAGGAAGCAAAUUUAUUGAAGAGAUGGUAUCAAUCCGAAAUGUGUAUGAUUACAUGUCCCAUUUGUUGAGCGAGUACUCGAAACUCUUGAAGUAUAAACCGACGAUACCUCCGAAUGCGCAAAGGGUCUGUGCCGAAACGACGGUGCAAGGUUUAGCGAAGGAGUUUAUGUUGCAGUCGAUGGUGAAGUCUCCUAGUGAUGAACUUCCAUGCGCAUUGCCUCCCCAUAUGAACCUCAAGACAUUCAAGCUUCCCAUAUGAAGCCAAAAAUUUAUAUUAAAUAAGCUCAAUUGGAUAAUAA